UCCACGCCAUGCCCCUCACCGGUUCUUACCUGGGCGACGCGGUGGCUGCAGUGACGUUCGUGGCAGCCACGCUGGUUCUCGUGUGCAGAUGGAUCUACGGAUACUGGAAGCGGCGCGGCGUCCCGUUUCUAGAACCGGAGUCUGUGUUCGGUAAUUUUAAGGAGAUUCUUCUGAGCCGAAAAUACUUCGGUGAAGGCCUGCAAGAGCUCUACUGGCGCCUGCAGCCUCACCCUUACGGCGGGAUCUUCGUGUCUCUGAGGCCGGCGCUUCUCGUCAGAGAGCCCGAUCUCAUCAAGAGCUGUCUCGUCAAAGACUUCAACCACUUUCAACACAGGGGAUUCAAGGUGGACGAGAAGCACGACCCGCUGAGCGCGCACCUGUUCAACCUGGGCGGGCCGCGGUGGCGCGCCCUGCGCACCAAACUGACGCCGACGUUCACCUCGGGCAAGAUGCGGCUCAUGUUCCCGCUGAUGGAGGCGUGCGCGCGCGAGAUGGUCGCCGUGCUGCAGCCGCUCGCCGAGGGCCGCCAGGAGGUGGAGAUCAAGGAGUGGAACGCCAGGUUCACCACUGACGUCAUCGGCACCUGCGCCUUCGGCAUCCAGUGCAACUCGCUGCGCGACCCCGAGUCCGAGUUCCGAAGGAUGGGGCGCAGCAUCCUCAACUCGCCCAUACGAACACUCUUCAACUUCGUACUGGUGCGUAUUGGUUACCUCCUGCACAUAAAUUCUGUGAGUCCGGAGUGUGAGCGCUUCUUCAUGGGUGUCGUGCGUGACACAGUGGACUACCGCAAGAAGAACAGCGUGAAGAGGAACGACUUCGUCAACCUGCUGCUGCAGCUGCAGGAGACGGGACACGUCGACCCCGACCACGAAAGUGCAGACACUGGGAAAAAAGUCGCUCACUCGCCGGACAUCGACUUCACCUUCACAGACGACCUGUUCGCCGCGCAGUGCUUCGUUUUCUUCGUGGCCGGCUUCGAGACGUCGUCCACGACAAUGAGUUUCUGCAUCCACGAGUUGGCAGUCAACCCAGACGUGCAGGACCGGCUCAGGUCUGAAGUCGACAGCGUGCUCAGUAGACACGGCGGGGAGGUGACGUACGAUGCCGUACAGGAGAUGACCUAUCUGGACAUGGUGGUCGCAGAGACACUUCGGAAGUAUCCCCCUGUAGCUAACUUGAGCAGAGCCAGCACCGAGCCCUACAACCUGCCAGGCAGCAGUGUCAGGAUAGAGAAAGGCGUGAAGGUCAUAAUACCGGUCUACGCGAUCCACCACGAUCCCAAAUACUACCCGGACCCGGAGAAGUUCGACCCUGAGCGCUUUACGGAAGAGGGCAAGGCGUCACGACACCACUUUGUUUACCUGCCGUUCGGAGAGGGACCACGUAUCUGCAUAGGUAUGCGCUUCGGCCUACUGCAGGCCAAGCUAGGCAUCGCUUCGCUGGUCUCCAAGUUCGUCUUCAGUGCCACCAGCAAGACGCCUGCCAAGCUGAAGAUGGAUCCCAAGUCAGCUGUGACGUCAUCCGUCGGAGGCAUCAACGUGCGUAUCUCCGCGAGGACCUGACAAGAUGGAGAGCAGCGCAUUCCAAGGAAGUAGUGAACACUUGGGGACGUGAAGUGUAUGAUCUGACUCAACCUUCAUCAGUACUUCCCAUAGCAAUGACGCCUAAAAUUUCGUUUAUUAACACCUAUGAGCCAUUAACCUCAACGUCUUUGGUAACUAACGUGUGAAACGAAAGGCAUAAUAACACAGUCUGUCCACCGUUUUGUCGAUGGUGCAGUUCGCAGCUUCAGCCUCAUUGCUUCAUCUGGCUGUGUUGCAAGUACCUCCCUCGUGUAGUCUUUGAAAACUGUGUAAAUAAUAUGAGGAACGUACUUCACUGCAGCGCUACGUGAGACUUAAAGCAGCAAAAUUCCGUCUCGUUGACAUUAGAAUCUACUCCCCUCGACAAGCAACUUCAAUGUUGAAGAUGAUAGCAUUGGUUCGAAAUCAUCGAUGAACAAAAUACGUAGUUGUGAAGACGGCCAACAGAGUAAAUAUUUAAUUUUCCCUUGAUUUUGAUGUUACAGUUACUCCAAGAAUAGCCACUCUGUCGAGCACGAAAAGUAACCUACACAUGCUUUCGUCAUUUAUGACUAACGUUACAUGAAACUCAUUUUUCACAGUCAUAAUUCAUUGUGGAAAUGUUAGUGAACGUAGACGCAAAAUAAGAAGGAAGUGUAUCUUACAGGCGAUUACUUCCUGUCUACGAACUGCGUAAAUUAUUAAAUGUUUCAGCCACAGACUAACUACAAUUAGCUUCUACAAAAAGAUACAAUUUUUUACUUAAUUCACGAAACACAACGAAAAUUAGCAUUUGGAAAUUCCUUGUUUCCUAUUCUUCGUGUUUCUAAAUUCCUCCAAUAAAAAUUUGCUUACAGUGGCUUCAUUCAGACUUGAGCCUUUUACUCGUACUGCGGAACUCUAAAGCAGCCUUUACACACUUUCACAUUGUAAACGACGCUUUCGUUGAGAAAGUGGUUCAUAUGGCUGUAAGCACUAUGGGACUUAACAUGUGAGGUCAUCAGUCCACUAGACUUAGAACUACUUAAUCCUAACUAACCUAAGGACAUAAUACACAUCCAUGCCCAAGGCAGGAUUCGAACCUGCGACCGUAGCAGAAGCGCGGUUCCGGACUGAAGCGCCUAGAACCGCUCGGCCACAGCGACCGGAGAUGCUUUCGUACACAAAUCAAAACACAUAAAAAUAUUGAAGUCUUGGAGCAGAAUGGAUCAUCAUUUAUUAUUUAUAUGAAUCAUCGUAAUCUAUAAAAAUAAAGAAACAAAGCAGCUUGAUGUUAAAAUUGUAAAAACAGACUGCUGCGCGCAUUGUUACUUAUGUAUGAUCGGACACGAAAGACUGUAAGCGGAGAUGAUUUGCAAAAAACACGUAUUGGAACUUAAAACUAUUGUUCCAGAGUACAAUAUGAGAGUUUCGCAAUCAAAAACAAGCUAUAGCUGAGAAAAAAAAAUACUUCAAGACUACAACGUUCUAGCCAGUAAUAAAACAUUACAAUAUGUAUUUCAGAAGAUAUGUUUCGUAAUUUUUCAACCAAACAUUCACGCACAAGGAGUUAACGUCGUUUAACAAAUGAAAUGGAAUAUUUAACAGGAACAUCUAUAUAAAAAUGAGGAAAUAACUGUCUUACCAGAACCGGCUAUUAUAUACGCUGGUGGUUUUGAAUUCAUGGGCAAAGUGAUAAUUCCAGAACAAAAAUAGCAGACAUGAGAUGUUACGUUACUAAAAAGGCGUAACUUUAUGAGACAGAACAAGACGCAAAUAUAUAAAAACUUUGGUUACUUCAAGCGAUAGAACAAGACAUGAAUAUGUAAAAAACGUUGGUAUUUAUAUAUAAGAAAUGGUAAAUUUAUUUAUUUACUGUAAAUUUAUA